CAUCCAAAAAGCCGCUGGCCCAACAUCUCUUUCUAUUCCCUACUUUCUCUCUCUUGUCUCUAGAGAAAAGUAGUUUCGUAUUUCAUUUUCAAUUUUGCUGUGAGUCUGUGACACAAGAGUAAUCGAAGAUCCUGAGAGAACCAGAGAGAAGUGAAAAGGGAAGAACGGAAAAGAUCGAAAACCCUAAAAAGGUUAACGAAAGCUGUUGCAACCGCAAAAAGAAGGCACGAAGUUCAUGUUAAUGAGGGGCUCAUUCCUUUUCUGAUCAAAAGGAGCAUAAACAGAGAGCUUUGUGUGCUUCUUUCGAGCGUCUGCUUGAAAAUUUCUACAUUGUUUGCAGAUAAAAAUUUCAGAGACUGUUGGGUUAUGGUGGAUGUUCUGAUAUUUGCGACUUUCCCUCAAAUUUUGGGCGCCUGAGUGGAGAAUCAUUAGUGCAAGUGAUCUAAUCUGCGCGAAACAUUUAUCACUUUGGACGCUACCAUUCUUUCCAUCAUGGUUGCCGCAGCGGCCAGCUCAGCAUUCUUCCCCAUUGCCCAGGCUUCAUCGGGGAAGAAAUCAAUGGUGCUUGGAGGAGGAUCAGACAAUUUGGAUAGUCGAGGAAUUAAGUCGAAAUUUGCUUCUUCUUCUGGUGGUUUGCACGUUAAGACAAAUGCCCAAGCUCCUCCUAAGAUUAACGGUACCUCGGUAGGUCUGGCGACAGAAGUUCUGAAGAAGGAAGAUGCGACAUCGUCACCUCCCCCAAGGACUUUUAUCAACCAAUUGCCUGAUUGGAGUGUGCUUCUUGCUGCCAUCACAACAAUCUUCUUGGCUGCUGAGAAGCAGUGGACGCUUAUUGAUUGGAAGCCUAGGCGCCCUGACAUGCUUGUUGACCCAUUUGGUCUCGGGAGGAUUGUGGAGGAUGGACUCGUUUUCAGUCAGAAUUUCUCAAUUAGAUCAUAUGAGAUAGGUGCUGACCAGACAGCUUCUAUAGAGACGAUGAUGAAUCAUUUACAGGAAACGGCACUUAACCAUGUUAGAAAUGCGGGGCUUUUAGGUGAUGGUUUUGGUUCAACACCGGAAAUGAGUAGUAGGAACCUGAUAUGGGUGGUCACUAAGAUGCAGGUUCUGGUCAAUCGCUACCCUACCUGGGGUGAUCUUGUUCAAGUGGAUACUUGGGUUGGUGCAUCUGGGAAGAAUGGCAUGCGCCGUGAUUGGCUUAUUCGUGACUCUAAGACUGGUGAAACUCUCACACGAGCUACCAGUGUGUGGGUGAUGAUGAAUAAACACACCAGGAGAUUAUCUAAAAUACCAGUGGAGGUUAGAGGGGAAAUAGAACCUUAUUUCAUUGAUUCUGCUCCUAUUGUCGACGAUGAUAGCAGAAAGCUGCCAAAGCUUGAUGACUGCACAGCAGACUAUGUCCGAACUGGUUUAACUCCUCGGUGGAAUGAUUUGGAUGUCAAUCAGCAUGUGAACAAUGUGAGGUACAUUGGGUGGAUUCUUGAGAGUGCUCCAGUCUCAAUUUUGGAGACAAAUGAGCUUUAUAGCCUAACUAUGGAGUACAGAAGGGAAUGCGGAAGGGACGAUGCGAUUCAAUCCCUUACUGCAGUCUGUGAUGGUGAAUCGCGAGAUGUUGGUGGCAUGGAAUGUGACCACUUGCUGCGUCUUGAGAACGGUCCUGAGGUUUUGAGGGGAAGGACCAAGUGGAGGCCCAAACAGGCCAAUAACUUUGGCAUCUUGGACCAUGUUCCAGCAGAGGCUGCGUAACCAGCUUCCUUAUCUCAGCAACCUCUGAUUACUGUAUCUCGGAUUGCUUGUGUAGAAUCCUACUUGAUGUCCUCAGAUUUAUUUCUUUAUUUUCCCCUCCCCCAAUUAUUAUUUUUUUUUUUUAAUUUAAAUUCUUUCCUAAUUCAUAUAUCAGAAGCCCUUUGUAAUUAGUGGUUGGUAUUUUGCUGUACGUUCUCUUCACUCCAAGAACAUGUGAGGACUGGGUCACCGAUGUAUGUUUUUAUUCUGUGGGC